AUGUCAAGUAAUUUGAAUGAACAAUUAGAUACUUCCAGUACAUCUCGAAAUUGUGUUUUUAUUGAUUUAAAUACUUCUGUAAUAUCGAAAAUGAAGGCAUUAGAGAAAUCGGCUUCUUAUGAGAAUAAAGAUUGCAAUGAACAUCCCACGAUAAAAAUCGAAUUUCCUCCAUUAAUUGAAGCCAAAGAUUUGAUAAUAAAACCAGUAAAUGGUGGUAAACCACCUCGAGCUCCGAAUGCAUUCAUUAUAUAUCGUAAAAUCUUUGUUGAAACGGCAAGAAAUAGCGGUUACCAUCUUCCAAUGACUGUCAUAUCUUCAAUGACUUCUAAAUCUUGGGAAAAUGAAAGUGAUACAGUUAAAUCAUAUUACAAACGUCUAGCCAAAGAAGCAUAUAAAUACCGUAAUGAAUUAUAUCCAAAAACAGAACGCCGGAGGAAACGUAGUAGAUGGAAUAUUAUCUCUUUUCAACCUCAAACCGAACAACAAUCUUCAAACGAUUUAAUCUCAAUAACACCAGAAUUAUCUUCACCAUCAUCAGAUUCAAGUUCGAUUAUAGAGUCACCUAAUCUUUUACCAUUUCCUCUUGAAAAAAAAACCGGAUUAUAUUCACCCACUUAUUCACCCACUUAUUCACCCACUUAUUCACCCACUUAUUCACCCACUUAUUCACCCAUUUAUUCGCCCGUUGAAAAUUUUUCCCCAAACUCGGAUAAUUCAAAUUCACCACAAAUUCAACAACCUCUGAACUCCGGAUUUUCAAAUAAUAUGGACGUUAACGAAAAUAAUAAGUUUAUAUCAUAUGAUCAACUUUUGGAAAACUAUAAUCAAAUACUUUUGCAAAAUCUCAUGAUGAAAAAUAUGAUGCAAAUAUCUGAAAAUAAUUCCAUUAUGAAUUUGAACAAUAAUAAUAAUGAUGAUGAUGCUUUAGGAAUUAGUCGAUUUCCAUUUUGUGUUUCUCGAUAUUCGAACCUAUCAAAUAAUUCUGAACAAUAA